AUAAAAAAUACAACCUCACGUUGUGUCAAUCACGCUUACACACUGCCUCCAAAAUUUUUGUCCGUGAAAAGAAAAUUCGGAUCGGGUGGGAUUUUCUGCAUUUUUCGCCUCCAUAGCCAGCAUGUUGUGAGUUUUUUUGACAAUCAGAACCACCAAAUUUUGAGGCUGACGAUUACGAAAAAGCGCAUACGAAAAUGUUUCACUCAUUGUGCAAAGGCCUUUAGAUUAUGUGAUGUCAUUGAUCGGUGCAGUGAUGUAAUUGCCAGGUGUAGUGAUGUCAUUAACAGAUAUCCUGUCUGUUCCGACCCUGCAGCCUUGAAGGCGUGCCCGCCAUGUGACAAUGAGCUGAAGGCCGACACCAUCAUGGAGCAUUACUGUGCCAGCGACUUUGCUCUGAGGAUGAAGAUCAAGGAGGUGAAGAAGGAGAGAGGCGACAGGAAGCUGAUCGCCGCGCCCAAGAAGAAGAAGGUGCUGAAGCAGGGCGUGCUGCGGAAGAAGGACCUGAAGAAGCUGACCCUCUACAUCAAGAACGGGGCCAACUGCCCCUGCUCGCAGCUGGACAGCCUGGCCACCAACUUCCUGAUCAUGGGCCGCAAGGUGGACCAGCAGCUGCUGCUCAUGUCCAUCCACAAGUGGGAGAAGAAGAGCAAGGAGCUCAAGUUUGCCAUCAAGUACAUGAAGUCCCAUCAGUGUCCCACCUACCACACUGUCUUCCAGUGAGGCUCGCUCGGGCCCCCCUCAUGCCAUUCACCCUCUCAUGCAGUCGCCUUGGCCCACAGCCAGCCAAUCAGCCAGUUAUCCUCUCCCACAGCCAGCCAAUCAGCCAGUUAUCCUCUCCCACAGCCAGCCAAUCAGACAGUUAUCAGUUAUCCUCUCUCACAGCCAGCUAAUCAGCCAGUUAUCCUCUCCCACAGCCAGCCAAUCAGCCAGUUAUCCUCUCAAACAGCCAGCCAAUCAGCCAGUUAUCCUCUCACACAGCCAGCCAAUCAGCCAGUUAUCUUCUCACACAACCAGUCAAUCAGCCAGUUAUCCUCUCACACAGCCAGCCAAUCAGCCAGUUAUUUUCUCCCACAGCCAGCCAAUCAGCCAGUUAUCCUCUCACACAGCCAGCCAAUCAGCCAGUUAUCCUCUCAAACAGCCAGUCAAUCAGCCAGUUAUUCUCUCACACAGCCAGCCAAUCAGCCAGUUAUCCUCUCACACAGCCAGCCAAUCAGCCAGUUAUCCUCUCACACAGCCAGCCAAUCAGCCAGUUAUCCUCUCAAACAGCCAGUCAAUCAGCCAGUUAUUCUCUCACACAGCCAGCCAAUCAGCCAGUUAUCCUGUCACACAGCCAGCCAAUCAGCCAGUUAUCCUCUCACACA